AUGGCAGACCAAAGUAUCAUCCGGAUCUCCAAGGAGAUCAGCGACAUUCAGAAGCACUCUGACCUGUCCCUGGCAGUCGCUUUCCGUGAUCACGAUGUGCGAAAUGUCCGGACCUUGAUCAUCGGCCCUCACGAGACACCUUAUGAAUUCGGCUUUUUCGAGUUUGCUGUCAAGUUCAAUAAGGAAUACCCCAGAAAGAGCCCCUCCGUCACUGCCACCACCACAAAUGGCGGCCGCUGCCGUUUCAACCCCAACAUAUAUGCCAACGGCAAGGUGUGUCUGUCCAUCUUGGGCACAUGGCGAGGCGAGCCGGGCGAGGAGUGGUCGCCAGCACAGGGUCUAGAAUCCAUUCUCUUGUCCAUACAGAGUCUCAUGUCAACUAAUCCCUACGAGAACGAGCCCGGCUUUGAGGAUGCAAACACUCCCAGCGACAAGAAAUAUCAAAAGGACUAUGUUGCCAAGAUUCGCCACGAAGCCCUGCGCAUUUCCGUGAUUCAGCGCAUGGAGGAUUUCCUGGGCAUCACCCAUGGUGUUCAGGCAGCCACGCGGGCUGCGUCGAUCAAGGAGAAGGAGGAUUACAGCCUCGACUUUGACGACGAUCUCGAUGAUGUGGACGAGAGUGCCGUCCCGUGGGAGCCUUUCAAGGAUCUCAUCAAGCAGAGAUUCCUAUGGUAUUUUGAUUCGUACAUGGAGUCAAUCGAGAAAGCCAAGACCGAGUUCAAGGACGGCACGACCUUUGUUCGCAUGCCAUUCGAAGGCCUCAACAAUAACAUGGAGGGCAAGUUCAACUACAGCGAGCUACAGCAAAGACUGCUGAACAUCAAGCGUGCUCUCCACGAGGAGGCUGAAUCUUGGGCCAAGGAGGGUCUCUUGCCAAAGCAUAAGGACUCGACCGUCGCUGUGAACCUUGGACGACAAUUUGAACAGAUCAAGGAGUCCUUCAAGCGAAACGACGUCUCUCACCAUAUUGAGCUUGUGGAUGGUAACCCUUUUGUCUGGGGUUUGACCUAUAUCGGACGACCUAUGACGAACCUCGAUGGCGGUCUAUUCAACGUGGUUAUCCGAUUCAGCCCUCGUUUCCCAGAGGAGCAACCGCGCGUGGAGUUCAAGACCAAGAUUUUCCAUCACCGUAUCGCCCGCGAUGGAACACCAUGCUACUUCCCCAAGACCAAUCGGCGGGAAGAUGUUAAGAAUCAUAUCGAAGCCAUCAUUGAUGCCCUCGAGGAAGAGUGUCCUCCUUACGACCCGAGGACUCUGACAAAUCCAGAAGCGCACAAGCUAUUCUGGGGUGGACCGGAUGAUCGCAAGCUUUACAACAGACGACUUCGCAGAUCCGUACAGCAAAGCUUGGAGGACUGCUAA